UCACCAGUAUUAUCUCAAAGGCCACGCCAUAGCUUAAGCGAUGUCCACCUAAAUGUUGCAGUGGAUAAUUUUCUCCUUACAUUGGAACCUAUUGACAUUGAAUCAGACUCUCAGCCUAUCAUAUAAAAGCUAAUUAGCUGUACAUUCUUCUCUCUGGCACCAUCAGUUAUAGACACAGUACCAGUUCCAGCCAAUCACAGUGCAGUAUUUAGACUUGAUAGUGAGACAGGAGAACUGAGAACAGCCAUCGGUAUAUUUGGCUUUGAUGAUGGUAUGCUUAUUUUUCUAGCAAGGAACCAACAUGAAGCAGGGCAUAGUUACUAACUGCUUCAUAGUGGUUUCUUGCUUGGCUUACUCUUUCACUUUGAAUGUGGAGGCAUUAGGUUUUUCUGAAACAUCAGUUAACCUUCACCAGACAAUGACUAGCUUUGGAAUCAUGCAAUGCAAUGCAGUGUAAAGUAAAGUAAAGUAAAGUAAAGUCCAGAACAGAUAAGUAAUUUGCUGGUGGCCUUUGUGAGCACAGUCAUCCAUGGUUUGGCCCCCAUUGUGACCCAUGACCAUUUAUUUGUUCAUUCCAAGUGACCACUUAUGUGUUUAAAGCAGUUUAGGCUUUGUCCUGGCCAAGACUUGAACGAAGCAUAUGCCAAAAGGAUGUCAGAAGCAGUACUGCAUGAGCAGUUUUGCUUGGUUUUAUGUUCUUGUAAUAAUAAUUCAUGGACUUACAUUUGUUGUUGUGCAUGUUUCCAGCUGGUUUGUAAUGAAACUAUGAUCUCUUAAUGAUAUGAAAUCAUUGCUUCAAGAACCAAAUAAUGUUUACCUGAAUGAUGUUUAUGAGUACAACAUCCAAGGUCUUCAGGUAACCAUAGUUUUCAGAUAUGUGAAGGACUGAUAAGUAAUAGCUCACGACCUCAGUAUACAGCCGUUGUGAUAGUGUGGGUUGUCUGAAGUGUAUGUGAUAUGAAUGAUGUUUUGAAAAUUGUAUCACACUCUUCCAUCAUCAGGUGUAAGGAGGAAGGAAGCCUACUCUGUUGAGCCCUUUGGAAGACUAGUCCUGUUCACUGGAUUACAGAAGAAGUUUAUUUGGUGUGUGUAUUCUGUUAAUGUCAAAUAUCAUCAGUGGGUGAUAAAAAUAGAAGAAUCUCUAAUGAAAAUUACAAAAGAAACUAUGAGAAUGUAAAACUGAAAUCCUCUGUGUAGGGCUCCAUCAUACUCCAUCGUAGUCACUAGAAGCACCUAAAAGGUGACAGGAUCGGAUAAUAUUCUAAGGCCCAUGAGUACGGUUGAUUCACUGUACAGAUCACGGCUGCAUAUUCCAAUACAUUUGAGGUAAAUUUUAGAAUUUGUAUGAGAGCUGCUUGUGCAUCCAUUUGACGCUCUCAUUUGUUUGUAUUGUAGGCAAAUUUAUUUUGUUGUAGCCCUUAUUAACAUUUCUGAACCAAAUUGAAUUUUAUUGUAUAGUAUUUGACAGCAUGGAGUCCAUUUCAUGUGAGGAUGAUGAGGAUGAGUUUUGGAUCCAUUUCAGGGAAUAUCAUCUCCAGUGACAAGUAUAUAAGUUGAGGUUAUAGCCAUAAAUGAUGUCAUUUUCCAAGUAAAUGUUUAUCACCCACAUUUUAUAGAACCUACACUGAAUUUUCUGUAUUAUGUAUUUGUGCAUUUGUUUCUGGAGAUGAACGCAGUGCUUUAUUUUUUGGUCAGCUCUUCAGAGAAAGGCUGAAAAUAUUCAUAAGACGCUUCAGAAAUUUGUCUUUGGCUUAAUUUAAAAUCUUGUGUGUCUGACUUUUAUCAUUUAAUAGUACUUACAUGUGAUACUUGAGGGUCUUGAUGGUAGUAAUGAUAAUGAUUACUGUCUUCUAUGAUGAAAUUGUGUGUAGUUUAGUAGAAGUUUUUAAUAGAAGUUUUUACAUGUGUUUUGGAGGAACAUAACUGCCUAUAUUCAGGAUUGAAAAACCAGUCUUUAACCAUGAAAGAUGGAGGCAGAAAUCUGUAAAUUGUUUUUAGUGUCUCUUAAAAAUUUAGUGAUUCAGACAUAAAAUGGUUUAAAGGUAAACCUGAGUUCUGUUCUUAGCACAUACUUUGAAGUAAGCCGGGUUUUAUUGGCAGAGGACCAUGUUUCAUACUUCUUUUUGUAUCUGUGUUAGAAUGUACUGAUAUUUCCUUCUUUCUUGAGACACCGUCUACUGUUUCUAAAGUUGCAGCAUCACUGAGAAUGCCUUUGUGAAAAGAUGUGCUCUAAACUCAAAAUUACUUAGUUGCAAACUACAGCCAUCCAUAUGUCAUCUUCACAUACAUAAUUAGAAGCUGGAAAUGAGGAAUACACUUUGAUGCAAGAUAUGUGUGAUCCAGCAUUGGAAAUAUGCAACAAGGUGAUGGAAUGUAAUUAUACAUGGCAGCAGUUGGCACCACUAUUUGCUGGCCAAGUUAACCUGGUAUACAUGCAGAAUAUUUAUUUCCUUGAAGAGAUCUCUACAUGAUUCCCUGUAACCAUGACCCAUCAUCAAUCGUGACGAGUUUCGCCAGUGAAUCAAGCCAUGUCAUGGCUGAAUGGAAGUAAGAAUAAUAAGUAAUUUUCAGGGUAUUUAUAGACAUAAGUGGUUUUAUGUUCCUUAUCAUGUAGCAGGCUGAGCUUAAUUUAUUCAUAACCUCUUCAAUAUGUCUUUCCCAAGUCAAGGAGCUCUCAAUAGUCAAGCCAAGAAAUUUAGUGGCAUAAGAGCUCAUAAUGUGUGUACCUAAAUUUCCUAUAUCCCUCUCAACCAACAUAUUGUUUUUUGCAGUGAAAUUGAUGCAAUGUGUUUUCACUGUAUUUAAUGACAAGAAGUUCUUUUUAAACCAAUCAGCAAGUACCCCAUAAACUUCAUUUAGUGUAUUUUUAAACUGUAAAGAAUUAGCAGUGAAACCAAAACACUAGCAUUGUCUGCAAAUAAAAUAGGGACACUAUUUGACUCCAAAGUCUUAGGUAAGUCAUUUAUAUAUACUAUAAACAGCAGUGGUCCCAGCACUGAACCUUAUGGGACCCUGUUCGUUACUUUAACACAUUCAGAGAGUAUUUUUUUAUUGUCUAGUCCAUUUAAAAUUGUUGUUCUCUGAAAUCUGUCUUGUAAAUAAGACUUACAAAGAUUAUAUUGUUUAUCAUUUAUUCCAUAAUACUUCAAUUUAUCCAAUAAUACUUCAUGACUAACACAAUUGAAUGCUUUUUCCAAGCCACAGAAAAAGCCACUAAUGUUUUAUGAUUUAGUGAAUUCAAUAUUUCAGAGCUUAAUCAAAAAAUAAAAUUAUCAGUCCCCAGAUUCGCUCUAAAUCCAAAUUGAUGGUUACUUCAGAUGUUAUUCUUAUUAAGAUGCUUUAUCAGUCUACUAUACAUUACUUUCUCAAAUAUUUUAUUAAAGGAGAUCAUGUAAAUAGAAAUAAUAUUCCUGUCACCUCUUUGUACACUGAUACAGUCAUGGCAUAUUCUAGCCUGUCUGGAAAUACAUCUUGAAACAAAACUCUGUUACAUAGUUAAUUUAAUGGAGCACUAAUGAAAUUGUUACAAGCUUUUAGUAUAUUAUUAGAAAUUUCAUCAUAACCAUAAUUAUGGCUUAUUUAAUGGCCUAAUGUUGAUAUACAGUGUGCUGUAGACCAGUGCUUCUGUGAAGCGAAAUGUGUGGAUUAUGGGUUAGCCUGACUUGACAGGAGAGUGUCCAACUCCUCUGCCAGAAUGUGUGCUGAUUCAUUUGCACUGCAUUGGUUGUCAAGCUUGGGAGUUUUAUUUGUUAUGGCAGUGUGUGGGUAUCGUUCCUUGUUGAGAUGGUCUGUUCCCAUGUGUGAACCAGCAGGUUACUAGGAUUUUAUGAACUUUUAAAGGUUUUUAAAGAUUUUAAGUUUAAAAAUGUGUUCACAUGCGACAGACUAAGGUGACAGUGCAGUUUCGACAAAAGUGCCUACACCUGAUGAUGACUGUAUGAGGAUGAAACACUUUGUAAAAUCAUAUAUACAACACAAAAAUAAAACAUUGCAUUUAAGAUGGUGGUGACAUGUACAAGAGGUCAGUACUCAUGCAAUGGGAUGCUGAAAUACAUUACAUAAAAAUAUUGUUCUGAGAAUCACAGGCCCCCUGAAAUGUAUGUGAGCCAUUCAGAACAGCAAAUACUUAAUCAGUAGUGAGCCAGUUCUUGAUUAGGAUACAUUAUUAUGUCCUUUUCUCACAGCGUGCCAGAAAAUGAUGCAUAUGGAAAUACAAAUUUGUAAUUAUUAAUUUCCUGCAUUUGUUAAGAAGAGUACUGUGGAGUGAUGAAGAUGUGAAAUGGGGAUGAACAUUAGAAGUACUACAAAAAUGUGAUAACCACAGGAACUAUAGGAGGUCCUAUUAAAUGCACAAGUUGUGGUAAGGAUAUGGUCUGUAAACUGUGUCUGUUUUCAACAUUCAGUGGGAAUCAAACUUGCAGUAACAGGGGCUGGACUGAACACACUGGACUUUUCUAACAGUAAUGACUCAGAUUAAAAGUUUUAUAGAGAGAAGUUAGUUGUAUGGAAGAGAUUUAGAGGAUCUCUAAGCUUUGCAAAUAAGUGUGUACUGUCUUGUUUUGUUCCUGCAUCACAUGGUGAUGACAGGAUGUUGACAAGACAACUAUUCCCAGUGUCAUUGCACCACAGAAUGUAUAAACAAGGUCAAUGAAUAAUCCUCUGAUCCAGGGGAGUUCGUGAGAACACGUGACAGUUCUGACAAGUUGAUUCUGCACUCACUUGGACCCCAUUUGGUGCCUACAACUGACAGCUCUUACCACUUUGUUGCCGGAACCAACAGCACUAGCACUUCCCUCUUCAUGAGCCUGAUGCCAUGGAGCUGAACACUACUACCAGUUGUGCUCCUACUCAAGAAUUUCCCAACAUUUCAUGGAACCUGAAAAUUAAUUGCCAUGUUGACAACCUGACAUAACUGAAUUUGAGACAAAGUAUGCCACUUGUAUCUCAGCAUGUCUGCUGAAUAUGAAAUAAUAGUAACACCAUUGAGAACAUUACCAGAAAAGAGUUAAACACUUGCCAUGUUGAAGGGUCAGUUAUUAGAAGAGGAGAUGAAAAGAAUGACCAAAAGGGGUGUUACGAAACCAAAAUUGAACACUGAUACAGUUACCGCAUUCAAAUCUCACAAGAACUAUCAGCAAUCAAAGUGGAAGGAGGAGGUAGUGGCAUCACUUUUCUGUUCAAUUGUCAUAAUUAUGGGAUUAGAGGACAUAAAAGAAGUAAUUGCAGGAAACUGGUUCAGCACAGUGGUAAUUAUUGUGGAGGGUAACCCUAGUGGAAAUCAACCUAAUGGCAGGCACAACAAAGGAAGUAAUUGUGUAGGACAAUGGCUCCAUGGAAGUCACCAGAAUGGAAUUAAACCCCAACCAAAAUGGAGGAAUCAAGAAGGAAGUGCUCAGUGUACAGAAAAGGUCCGAAGUGAAGGAGAGGCUGGCAAACCCUACACAUUUGUUGCUAGGACUGAUAAUGGUGAAGUGUAUUUAAGUGCAAACCAUAAUUUAACAUGGGUAUUAGACUCUGGAGCUGCGGAUCAUCUAGUUAAGGAAGAUACAUGUGUGAUAAACAGAUAUGAGUUGCUUGUUCCAACAAACUUUCAUAUUGCUAACAAUGAUAGUUAUUCAAUGGCAUAUGCAAAGGGAGAUAUAAUAACAGAGUCCUGUGUGAAUAGAGAGAUAAGGAACAUUAAGAUUUCAGACUUGACUUACAACUUAUUAUCAUUGUCUAAUCUAGACAGGAUGGGUUUUGUUAUGAAUAUAGAAACUGGUAAAGCAGAGAUAAUAAAAAAUAGUACAGUUGUUGGAACUGCAGAUCGAGACAGAAAUUUGUAUAAAUUGAUAAUGUUAUAUAUAUAUAUGAAAGUUCUAGAUGGUAUUGAAAACUGUGAGAAUAAGGUAUGCAAGUUAAAGAAAUCAUUGUAUGGACUGAAACAGCCAUCAGCAGUCUGGAAUAAGAAUUUUGAUGAGUUUGUCAAAGGGAAUGGUUUUAGAAAGUGUGAUGCUGACAGGUGCUUAUAUGUGUGUAAUAAGAACCAGACCAUCUUAUAUUUGCUACUGUAUGUAGAUGAUUUUAUAAUUGCUAGUAACUGUAUGGAAGAGCUGGUAAAAACUAAAGAGAUCAUGAUGAGGAAAUUUCAAAUGAGAGAUAUGGGAGAUCUGUCAUAUUUCCUUGAAAUCUCAAUUACUCAAACUGAUGGAAAUUUAUAUUUGGAUCAAUCAGCUUAUAUAGACAGAGUUUUGAAGAAAUUUAACAUGGAAAAGUGCAAACCAGUUAAUACACCUAUAGAGAUAUCUCCAUCAGAGAACUUAGGAUCUGAAACAGUUAUAGGAGUUAAAACUUACAGAGAGUUAUUGGGUGGUCUGUUGUGUACAGCAUUAAUUACAAGACCAGAUAUUUGUACUGCAGUAAAUUUCUAUGGAAGAUUUCAAAAUUAUGCAACAGAAAUUCAAUGGAAGGGUUUGAAACGAAUUCUUAGAUAUGUGAAUGGGACUAGAACUGUUGGUUUACAAUAUCAAAGUAAUGAUAAUGGUGAACUGAUGUCAUUUGUUGAUUCUGUGCAUCACAUGAAGAUAGUUAAUCAGUAUCAGGAUGUGUAAUUAAGGUAUAUGGAAAUACAGUUGAUUGAUACACUAAGAAACAGAGCACAAUUGCAUUGUCAUCAACAGAAGCAGAAUUUAAUGCUUUGUCAGAGGGUUUAAGAGAAUUGGGUUGGGUAAAUAAGUUACUGGAAGAAAUGGGUGUGAAGGUGAAAACUCCAGUAAUCAUGCAUGAAGACUGUCAGUCAUGUAUACACAUGAUUACUGGUGAAUGGGGUCAGAAAAGGUUAUGUCGUAUGGACAUUAAGUAUAAGUUUAUAAGGUACUGGGUUGAACAAGGAUUUAUAGUAGUUAACUGUAUAAACUCUGAAAAUCAAGAGGCUGACUUGUUCACCAAACCGUUACUACUUAUUAGGAUUUCAAAACUAAAGAAUAAAACAGGAAUGAUUGAAGUUAAUUAGUUGUCAUCUUUAUUUGAGUAAUUAAGUCUGUGUUAUGUUUGGUAUGAUCUCGAAGUUAUUGGUGGAAUGAAGAAUUGAGGAGGGGUGUUUUAUAGCAAUUCUAACAUUCCACAGUCACUAAUACAUAUUCCUUUUAGUUGUGGAACUGACUCACUAAACUGUAGUCUCUUUGUCUUUUUGUAUCCCAGAAGGCUGUGCAGUUGUCGCGUGUGAUGU